AUCAUCAAGACCCGCAAACAAGGUGAACAUGGAUAAUCAGGAGUUUUUGACUGCAAAAAACGAUUUCGACUUAGAAAAUGUGCGCAGCAAACUGAUUAAAUGUAUCUUCGAACUACAAUCAAAACGAUCUGAGGUUACGUCGAUGAAAUCUUCUCUGGAUGAAUCUAAUCGAACGAAAGCCACUCUUGAACAAGAUACGAAAAACUUUCAACGUGAAAUAGCUGAUCUGAGAGAUCAAUUGAAGAUCGCAUUGGAUGCGCUCAAUCAAAAGGACUCAGUCCGGACAGGAUUUCUGGAAAAUGCAGCUCGAUUGAAUGUUCAACUAGAAGCGAUGACAAACGAUCAGGAACGAUUAAAGUCAAAGCUUCAGUCAUCGCAGUCCAAGAUCAUGGAGUUGACACGUGACAACAACAAACUACAGGAAAAGAUCAGGGUACUGGAGGCAGCAGGAAACCAACCGGUCGAAAGUGUCGAUCGAAUCUGGAAGGCAAUGGACACAUUGAAUGGCCAUUUGCAGAAACUGGAGGCCGAACAUUUGACACUUGCUAAAACGGCAGAAGAAUCUAACAAGAUUGCUGGAGAAGCGGCGGAAGCAGUGCUGCGGGGUAGAAACGAACUCAGCGAACUACAGACUAAAAACAACGAACUGGAAGCACGUGUGCUAGAGUUGAGUUCCCAAAUUGUAUCGAUGCAGUCCGUGCAGAAUAACGGUUCCUUAGACGUAAGCGAUGCCGAAAAUGAGGUCGAAGAGCAUCUUAAAGUGCUUAAGGAGGAAUUGGAACAAGAACGCGAAGACAACCAAAAACUAAAAAAUGACAUCUCAGCGCUUUUAACUCUACAGGACUGCCUUUCCAAGCAACUUGAACAAGCUAUGGCACGCUAUGGAGUAGGCAAUGAAUCAAACGAAGGCGAAAAUCAAAAAUCUACUAAAAAUGAGAGUCAAAAAACUCCUGAAGAUGAGGAUGAAAAACCAACUGCAGAUGAAGGAAAAGAGCCGAUAGAGUCACUUUGAAGACAUUCAGGAAAAUAAAGUCACCUUGGACGUAUUUUUGCAAA